GCCGAUCAUUCGACCAAUGGGGAUAGGUCAGGUGAUCCCCUGGUGGCUGGAGGCCGGAGGACGGUCCGCGAGGGAGAGAGUGAGAGACAUAGCGGGGAGAAAAUGAAUAUCCGCAACGCCCGGCCCGAGGACCUGAUGAACAUGCAGCACUGCAACCUGCUGUGCCUACCGGAGAACUACCAGAUGAAAUACUACUUCUACCAUGGUCUGUCGUGGCCGCAGCUCUCGUACAUCGCAGAAGAUGAGAAUGGAAAGAUUGUGGGCUAUGUCCUGGCAAAAAUGGAAGAAGAUCCUGACGACGUACCCCACGGCCACAUCACCUCCCUGGCAGUGAAGAGAUCCCAUCGGCGACUUGGAUUGGCUCAGAAACUCAUGGACCAGGCGUCGAGAGCCAUGAUCGAGAAUUUCAACGCUCGCUACGUCUCCCUGCAUGUCCGGAAGAGCAAUCGAGCAGCAUUACACCUGUACUCGAAUACGCUCAACUUCCAGUAAGUGUUGUGUCAGCACCACCCCAACUACCACAUUCCCCCCUCCCCCAAUGCCCUCGUGCCUUUAUUUCUCCAGUUCAGGAAACAGGCCGACACAAGGGAGAGGCUGAAACCACUGGUGCUGGCGUCGCUGGAUCACCGGAUCCCGAGCCGGUCGAACCACGUGGCGGAUUGCUGCCGGGACGAGAAGUGCCCGUCCGGGCCGGGCUCUGGGCCCAGGCCCGGGGUCGAGGAUAGCGGCGACAGCAAAGACGUCAGCGAGGUCAGUGAAGCCACGGAGAGCACAGACGUCAAGGACAGCUCAGAGAACUCCGACUCGGCUUCGUAGACUUCAUCUCCCUCACCAACAAACCCUUCCUCCUCCUCCUCCUCCCUGCUUCCGACGUGGGGGGUGCGGGGACUCGCACCGUGUCCCAGAGUUCCUCUCGCGGCCUCAGACCCACCACCUUCCCCACCAGGCCUCGGCACCACCCUAUUCGCCAUGCAGAUGCCUGAAAAAUCUUCGUAAAGCAGCCGGGGCCAUUCCGCUUCCUGGGCUCCCGGACACACGGAAUAAAGAGCAUUUGUAACGGA